UUGGCAGAAAUGAAAAGACCCCUAAUUGUAUUAUUAUUACUUUGUUAUGGAUAUAAGAUAGUGAAGUCUGAAGAGAAUUCCUCAGUUGACUGUACUUUGUUUAAAGUUAGAACAGAAGAUACCUCUGAAGAUUGUGGAUAUAAAGACAAUGACACCUCUAAAUAUAGUUAUGAACUGAAAGGUUUAUUCAAAAAUCAACCACUUUAUACACUUAAUAGUGGAGUGAAGCUUGUGGCACUUCUGUAUAACGACGAAUUUGUAUGGAAACAUACAAGUGCCCAUGAUUUAUCUAAAUAUCCUACCGAACUGGAAAUAGAUCCAUAUAACAAGACUCUAUGGGUUAAAUAUGGAGAAAUGGACUUUGUAACUUUUAAGUUCGAGAAUAAUAAAUGGAAACAUUCCCAAGAUCUUUCAUAUGGUUUAUGUAAAUCUCUCACAAUACCAGAUUAUACUGAUGCUUUGGCACCUGUUACUUUAUUACCAACACCUGUUGAAGAGAAGGCCGAAGAAAAGGUAGAAGAAGGCCAAUUUGAAGAUUUUGAAGAUCGUGAGGAGAAGCCAGCUGAGGAAGCAAAAGAAGGGGCAGUAGAAGAAGAGAAACCGGAAGAAUCUCCAGAAGAUAAGGUUGAAUUAGAAGUAGAGGAAACUGAAGAGUUGGUAGAAGCUGGAGAAGGGGCCCAAGAGGCUGUAGAAGAAAAGGGUGUAGAAGAGGUGGCAGGCCCAGAGCCCGGAGAAGCAGCUGAAGAACAUGAUUUACCUCAAUUACAUGCAGAAGAAACAGAUGAAAGGUCCGUGGUAGGUUCUGAAGAAGUACAUGAAGAUGAAGUCGCAGUUGACUGUACUUUGUUUAAAGUUAGAACAGAAGAUACCUCUGAAGAUUGUGGAUAUAAAGACAAUGACACCUCUAAAUAUAGUUAUGAACUGAAAGGUUUAUUCAAAAAUCAACCACUUUAUACACUUAAUAGUGGAGUGAAGCUUGUGGCACUUCUGUAUAACGACGAAUUUGUAUGGAAACAUACAAGUGCCCAUGAUUUAUCUAAAUAUCCUACCGAACUGGAAAUAGAUCCAUAUAACAAGACUCUAUGGGUUAAAUAUGGAGAAAUGGACUUUGUAACUUUUAAGUUCGAGAAUAAUAAAUGGAAACAUUCCCAAGAUCUUUCAUAUGGUUUAUGUAAAUCUCUCACAAUACCAGAUUACAGUGUUUCGCCCCUCAUUUCUGUUAUAGUGAAGCCCAGAGAAAAAGAGGCAGAAAAGGCUGCACCGAUGGUACCAGAAGCACCGGAUGCUACACCAUUAGCUGAGGGUGAUGCUGUUAUUGCCUCUGAAACUGUAGAAUCUGAAUACGCCGUACCAUUAGCGGUACCGGAGGCUAAACCAGAAGAUGAAGCUGCACCAGAAGAAAGGACUGAUAAGCUCGAGCCUCUAGACGAACGUUACAAGAUGCGGGGAACUAUGGCAGAGGGAGAGUUGGGGGAUGAAGUGAAGUUUGAUUUCGUGUUAGACAAGGAGGAGCGUAGAGAGAGAGAGGAACUCAAAAGUAAAUCUGAACAAUUGUUUGAACAGAUGAAGGAGUACGCCCAUAACAAGGGCAUGGCGGUGGUAGAGGGCGAUUUUGAUAAGUACAUCACUGGCCAGCUCAAGACCCCCCAAGACAAUUUCGUUCACGAGUGGAAGUUGAAAGCAGUGGCGGAGGUGCUGGCGAAAGCCGAGACGCCCCUGGAGGCAGAGUUAGAGUUCGCAGUGAUCCAAAACUUCUACGUCUUCGCCAAAAAGCACUCCAGAGUCCUCUUCACGCUGACGCAGUUCAAAGAUAGCUACGCUAACUUCAGAGAAAGCGCAAAAACAAUAGAAAGUCACAAUAAAAAUCCAAACAGACUGUAUAAUAUGGACUAUAACACGUUUGCCGACAUGGGCAGGGACUUGUCGCUUAUGUCGAUACCGACAACAUUCAAUGUAAAACAAUAUGUAUCAGGGUUUCAAACACACGCGCAGACACUUGAUAACCAGGAGAUACACGUGGACUGGAGAGAUCAGGGCCUGGUUUCCCACGUUAUCACGCAGGGCAAGUGCGCGAUUUGCUGGGCGAUCCCCUCUGUUGACGUUUUCAAUUCGUUCGCAGCCAAGAGGACUGGCGAUAAGAUUCCGUACAGCAUUCAGCAGGUUCUAGAUUGUGUUUCUCCCGAAUACACGUGCGACAGCGGUGGAAGCUUCGUGAAGGUUCUCGAAUAUAUCAAAGACAAUAAGAUGUGCACGUACGAGGAAUACCCCUACGUCCAGAAGAAGGAGGGCUGCCAAGCGCAAAAGUGCCUGAACGAAUCCAAGAUAAAGACGGUCCGCAAGCUCAAGUUAAACGACGCCCUCGAUUUCCUUAAGAACAACGGGCCCUUCGUGACUAUGGUGAACACGACCCUUGAGUUUUUCCUAUACAGCGGGGGUAUAUACGACGGGCCUCUUGGUGGAUACGGUGGCCACUCCUUCCUUGUUGUUGGCCACGGCUACGACAGGGACAAGGGCGUAAACUAUUGGAUAGCGAAGAACUCAUGGGGAGAAUCUUGGGGCGAGAACGGCUACUUUAGAAUGUUGGAUGAUUCGGACACUCUUACCUACCUCUUCUUGGCCAACGCCUACGGAAUUGAGUGA